GAAGCUGACGUCACAGGUGACUGUCUGAGCCUCUCAGAGGUGCUGGGUCAGUCCUCGUUUUUGAAAAUAGAACAAGCAGAGGAGGAGGAGGCCCUAAACGAGCGCUCUGCAUGAACAGACGAAAGGAGGAAGGGAGGGGGGAAGAGAGAAAGAGAGAAACCACCUGCCGGGUGAAUGGAUCUUGCAAAGUUGCAUGAAUGAUAAGGAGAGCGCAGGGACUGGGUGAGACUCCUGACGACAUGUCUGUCUCAGGAUCUGGCCACCAGUGGACUUGAUAGCUUCUCUGAGACUGCAGUGGCUCAGGGGCAGAUACCAGGGUUGUCCACUCAGAGCUAUGCAUCUGGUGGAGCAACAGCUAUCAGAGGACUGAACGAUUAUUACUGCGCCAGAGGGUAAAGUGUCUGUUGGCGUCCCUAUAUGUUCGGAGUGGUGGAAGGAAAGCAGUGGGGUAAAACAUCUCAUUACACACCACAACGAGAGUAGCCGGGGUUGGAAGGAUCACUUUCCACUGUCUUGCAAUAUUAAACAAAGAGAUGGAUGGCAUGGGAAGACAAGGUACACCAGAUAACAGGUUCAUCUCAUCUGCAUGUGCUUUAAGAACUGUAUGUAUUUGCCUAGACAGUCUGUUACUUCUGACCAUGGUUGUCAAGCAGGGAAGACAGUGGAGGUCCGUGUGUAAAGGCUUGGUCUUGGGUACCCUUCUCACUAGCUGCAUGAUCCUGCUCUACUGCCUGUCUGCUCCUCAGGUCCACCUCAACCUUCCAGAGGUUCCUGUGCCUUAUUCCUGUGCGCAUCGUCCCACCCCACCACACACCUCGUCAAUCACAAACAGCUCCCAGCGUCUCCCGGGACAGGCCAGCCUCUGCACUCCCAAAGUGGACAUCCUGUUCAUGAAAACCCACAAGACGGCCAGCAGCACGCUUCUCAACAUCCUCUUCCGUUUCGGAGAGAAGCACAGGCUCAAGUUUGCCUUCCCCGACAGCCGCAAUGACUUCUUCUACCCCUCGUCUUUCCAGCGUUCCCAGGUGAGGGACUACAGACCUGGGAUGUGCUUUAACAUCAUGUGUAACCACAUGCGCUUCAAUGCCCCUGAGGUGGCCAGAGUGCUCCCCACAGACACUUCCUACGUCACCAUCCUCAGAGAGCCAGCCGAGCUCUUCGAAUCCUCCUUCCACUAUUUUGGCCGUCUGGUGCCUCUGACGUGGAAGAUUCCGGGCGAAGACAAGCUGGCCGAGUUCCUGCGUGAUCCUCGUCACUACUUUGACCCGGAGGGCUUCAACUCCUUCUACCUCAAGAACCUGCUGUUCUUUGACUUUGGGCAGGACAACACUCUGGCCCCGGGCGAUCCCAGAGUGGAGGAGGGUAUCAGGGUCAUCUCCGAGCGCUUCCACCUGGUCAUGCUGGUGGAGCACUUCGAGGAGUCCCUGAUCCUGCUCAAGGACGCCCUCUGCUGGGAGAUGGACGACCUGCUCUUCUUCAAACUCAACGCUCGCAAAGGCUCCACCGUGUCCAAACUCACCCCCGAGCUGAGGGCCAAGGCCCGCGAGUGGAACGCCGUCGACUGGAAGCUUUACCGACACUUCAACGCCACCUUCUGGAGGAAGGUAAAGGCGUACGGACACAAGCGCAUGGCAGACGACGUGGCCGAGUUGAAGAGGAGGAACGCCGAGAUGGCGGCCAUGUGCAUUGAGGGCGGCCACGCCGUGGAGGCGGGGAGUAUCCAGGAAACUGCCAUGCAGCCCUGGCAGCCUAUCGGUGAGAAGUCUAUCAUGGGCUACAACCUGAAGAAGAAUGUGGACAAGGCCUACCGGAAGAUGUGCCGGAAGAUGCUUACUCCAGAACUGCAAUACUUGACAGAGCUAGGGGUCAACCUGUGGAUCACCAGGCUGUGGGGCCAUGUGAGAGAUCUCAUCAACUGGUGAUCAGAGACCUGAUCAAAAGGGGCCAAUUCACUAUUCGAGAAUGAGGUGUUAGAAGUGUUCAGGAGAAGUGUUUAGUGUUUGUGACAGUGAUGUGAAGGGGGAUUGGAACAGGCUGUCACAGUGUGAAUGUCGUUAGUUCUGUGUUUUAUGUUUGUUGUGUUAUGGCUGCGUCUUCAAUCGUGGGUUUGUGAACUUUUGUUUUUGUUUAAUGUCAAAUGUAUUGACUCCAUUUACCUGUUUUAAAAAAUAAAAUGUUUCCGAUGGGUGCUAGAAAGUUGACCUCACAAUCUGAAACACAUGGUGAUAAGUAUCCCUUAAAGUACCUUUUUCCCCUUUUAAAACAUAUUGGUGUUGAGUGGGGUUUAACUUCUUAUUUUUAUUGAUGUUAGAUCGUUUUUGAUGGUAGCACAAUGCUGAUCAAGAAUAAACAUGCAAGAACCUCUUUUAUUGGGCCAAAUAAGGUCAAAUAAGGAAUUUCCUCACACUCAUGCAAAUCUUUUCUAUCGAUAAUCUCUCUGUGUCUUCAACAAGUAAAGACAAAUUAAACACCUCAAUCUCUGUUGUGUUUUUCAAGAUUGU